AUGAUCGGUGUGAUCGCGCCCUAUGUGGCGAAGAUCCGCCGCUCCUACCAGUCGAACGACAUCAUUGACCGAUUAAACUACCACUACACGGCCCUUAUUGUGAUGAUCGGUGCCAUUACGCUGGCUGCCACGCAGUACGUCGGAAAGCCCAUUCAGUGCUGGGUCCCUGCCCAAUUCACUGGAUCUUGGGAGAGAUACGCUGAAACCUUCUGCUUCAUCAAGGGUAGCUACUAUCUCCCUAUGGAUGACAACAUUGGCAGCGAUUUCAUCGAGCGGGAUGACGCCGUUAUUGGCUACUAUCAAUGGGUCCCAAUUGUGCUUGCCGUACAAGCUUUCCUAUUCUACUUGCCCUCCCUCGUGUGGAAGGCACUGAAUUUUAAUACUGGAAUUAAUGUUAAGUCAAUUUUGGUAUCAGCCGCCCAGAUCAAGAAGAAAAUCGAUAAGGAAUCUCGAGACGACCAGGUAAAACGCGCUGCUCAUCAUAUUGAAGAGGCUCUAGAUAUGCAGCGGGAACUAAAGAGCGAUUCGUGCGAUGUAGUCAAAAGAUGGCGAAAAUCAGGGCGCUACCUGUCUUUCCUCUACAUUGGUGUAAAGCUGCUCUAUGUUUUGAACAUUUUUGUUCAAUUCGCGAUCUUCAAGAUGUUCCUUGGAACGAAGAGCAGUUUCUGGGGUUGGGAGGUCCUCAACGACAUCCGAUCCGGUCGUGAAUGGGAAGAAACCGGCAAUUUCCCCCGUGUCACAAUGUGCGAUUUCAAUGUACGUGUUAUGGGGAAUCUACAUCGCUGGACUGUGCAAUGUGUUCUGAUGAUUAACAUGUUCACCGAGAAGAUUUACGUGUUCUUAUGGUUCUGGUUCCUGUUGGUCGGCGUCUUCUCCGUUGUCUCGCUUGUCUACUGGCUAGCCUCCCUGGUGAUGCCAAGCAGCCAACGGGAAUUUGUCUCAAAGUAUCUCCGGUGUAACGGUGCUAUCCCUGAAUCUUCCGGCAAAGAUGAUGCUGAGGUGUCAAGAUUCGUGAAGAAUUUCUUGACACCAGACGGUGUUUUCUUAUCCCGUCUGAUUCAGACAAACGGAGGGGACCUCCUCGCUGGCGAAAUUGUCACCGAGCUCUACAAAGCUCAUCAGCGACGCCAAAACGUAUCCAUCGAUUCCCCGAACACCUCACAA